AUGUUUAAGUUUGUAUUAAUAUCUGCUCUCGUAGCAGCGGCCUCAGCCGCCAACCCAAGAAUCCCUCAGCUGGAUGGUCGCAUCGUCGGUGGUGAAGAUGUCAACAUCGAAGACUAUCCAUAUCAACUCUCCUUGCUGUACUACGGAAGCCACAUCUGCGGUGCUUCCAUCAUCAGCGAGAAAUUCGCAGUUACCGCUGCUCAUUGCACAGAUGGUUCUUCCGCUAAGGAUUUGAGCGUCCGCGCUGGUUCCUCCAUCAAGGGAUCCGGCGGUGUUGUCAUCCAAGUCAAGACCGUCUACCAGAACCCACAAUACGAUGCCUGGAACAUCGAUUAUGACAUCACCGUCUUGGAGUUGACCGAAUCUCUUUCUUUGGGUUCCGGCAUCAGCACCAUUCCAUUGCCCAAGUUCCUUCAACCAGUUCCAGCUGGUGCCGAAGCCGUCUGCUCCGGAUGGGGUGCUCUCAAGGAAGGAGGCUCUUCCCCGUCUCAACUGCAAGCCGUUAAGGUCAACAUCGUCGAUAAUGAAGAGUGCCAAGAAGCAUACGGAAGCAACCCAGUCACCGAUCGUCCAUUGGUCGUCAAUGGUGAACUCGUCGGUGUCGUUUCCUGGGGAAUGGGAUGCGCCCGUCCAGACUAUCCAGGAGUUUACUCCAGCGUUCCUGAGAUGCGCGAUUUCAUCACCGAAAACACUGGCUUGUAAACAUACAUCUCAUCAUAUUACUUUUAUGU